AUGCCUAGAGAAAUCAUUACCAUCCAGGCCGGCCAAUGCGGCAAUAGCAUUGGCAGCCAGUUCUGGCAACAGCUCUGCCAGGAGCACGGAAUCAGCCAAGACGGGAACCUCGAGGAUUUUGCAACUGAAGGUGGUGAUCGCAAAGAUGUCUUCUACUAUCAGAGCGACGACACUCGAUACAUCCCCAGAGCAAUCCUCAUCGAUCUCGAGCCCCGUGUGAUCAACGGCAUUCAGACCGGACCGUACAAGAACAUUUAUAACCCAGAAAACUUUUACGUUGGCAAGAACGGCAUAGGAGCCGGAAACAACUGGGGUGAUGGGUACCAGACCGGAGAAUCCGUCCAUGAGGAGAUCAUGGAGAUGAUCGACCGUGAGGCCGACGGAAGCGACUCGCUAGAGGGCUUCAUGCUACUGCAUUCGAUUGCAGGUGGUACUGGCUCCGGGCUGGGCUCUUUCCUCCUCGAGAGGCUUAAUGAUCGAUUCCCAAAGAAGAUCAUACAGACUUACUCAGUAUUCCCUGACACCACCAACUCGGGCGAUGUUGUUGUGCAUCCUUACAACAGUAUGUUGGCCAUGCGACGAUUGACUCAAAAUGCCGACUCGGUGGUGGUGCUCGACAACGGUGCCCUGUCCCACAUCGCUGCGGACCGACUUCAUGUCCAAGAACCCUCCUUCCAACAGACAAACCAGCUUGUUUCGACUGUUAUGUCAGCAAGCACAACCACCCUGAGAUACCCGGGCUACAUGCACAAUGACCUGGUCAGCAUUCUAGCAUCCCUAAUCCCGACCCCACGCUGCCACUUCCUCAUGACCUCGUAUACACCAUUCACUGGCGAUCAAAUCGAGCAAGCCAAGACCGUCCGCAAGACGACCGUCUUGGAUGUCAUGAGAAGACUUCUCCAGCCCAAGAAUAGGAUGGUCUCGACAGUGCCCGGCAAGAAGAGCUGCUAUAUCUCCAUCCUGAACGUCAUCCAAGGAGAGGUGGAUCCUACAGAUGUGCACAAGAGCUUGCUCCGCAUCCGAGAACGGAAGCUUGCAACAUUUAUCCCGUGGGGUCCCGCUAGUAUUCAAGUGGCUCUUACGAAACGCAGCCCCUACGUUCCCAUGAGCCACAGAGUGAGCGGGCUUAUGCUCGCGAACCACACGAGCGUUGCUACACUCUUCCGGAGGAUCGUCCGACAGUACGACGGCAUGCGCAAGCGGAAUGCUUUCAUCGAAGCCUACAAGAAGACAGCGCCUUUCUCUGAGAACCUCAAUGAGUUUGACGAGGCUCGCGAGGUGGUGACGGAUCUCAUCUCAGAAUACGAGGCAGCCGAGGAUGUCAACUAUCUCAACCCAGAUGCAGCUGGUCAAGCAACGUCCGCCGAGACGGACAAGCGAGUCGCAUAG